AAUAGUCGGCCGGCAAACACACAUGCCAUCAGAUUAAACACAAGAUCCUCCUCCACUCAUCCAUAUUACCCUCCUCAAAAUCACUCCUAUAUAUAUAUAGACACACAUGACACACCCAUCUACAUGUAACCCUCAAUUGAUAGAAGCAGAACAAAAUUCAUAUCUCUUUUCCCAAGAUCAUGGUUUGUAGCCAUAAUAGUAACUCCACAGUUUUUACUCUUGUGUUAUAUUCUCUUGACAGCCCUCAUCAGAUGUACAUGACCACCUGCAAAAGCUGCUAAUUCUCUUUGCCCCUAUAUUCACUUUCACCAACUCAUCUUAUUUGGAACAAGCUAGACUACAUAUCUUUGCCCUCACCAGUCCCUUUUGCUCCAUCCAUAAAACAACAACAAUCACUUGGAAAAAGCUGAAAAGUCCAUGUCCUCCUAUUCAUCUGCAAAAAUAUCCCAUAAAAUUACCAAAAAUAUAAUCAUAUUCCAAAUCCCAACGCGCAGGUACUACUACCAGUCUAGUCAUUUUCUUCCCAUCUGUCCCCGUUAUCUCUAAAACGCUAGAUCAUUUAUUUUCGAGAUUUAUUCAAUCGCAUACAAUGCAAUUUACACAAACCCCUCCACCGCCGCUUCACGAAAUAACCUCAUUUUCGAGUAAUAUGAGCAAGAACCAAAUUGUAAGACCACGGCAAUGGCCCGGGUUCCAAACUUCAAAGUCUAUCGGGAGUUUCGGCGACGCCAAUUGCAUGGAACAGAUGUUGGUUCACUGUGCUAAUGCUAUAGAAAACAACGACGCAACUUUAGCUCAACAGAUCUUGUGGGUUUUAAACAACAUAGCUCCGUCCGAUGGUGAUUCUAAUCAGCGCCUCGCUUGCGGCUUCCUUCGAGCCCUUAUAGCCCGGGCCGCGCGUAAAGGAACUUGCAAAAUCCUCACAGGCGCCGUGGCUAAUGUCCAUAUAACCACGCACAAGUUUUCGGUGAUUGAGCUGACCGGAUUCGUGGACUUAACUCCGUGGCAUCGCUUCGGAUUCACUGCAGCAAACGCCGCUAUACUGGACGCUGUGGAAGGAUACUCAAUCGUUCACAUCAUUGACUUUAGCUUAACACAUUGCAUGCAAAUUCCAACGCUUAUUGACGCUAUAGCGAAUCGGCUAGAGGGGCCGCCAUUAGUCAAACUCACGGUAGCGGGUGCCACGGAGGAUGUUCCGCCCAUGCUCGAUCUUUCCUACGAGGAAUUAGGGAUGAAAUUGGUGAAUUUCGCUAGGUCUCGUAACGUUAUUCUCGAAUUCAGGGUGAUUCCCUCCACUUCUUCGAAUGGUUUCGCUUCAUUUAUUGAACAGCUCAAAGUUCAGAACCUAGUACCUGUCAACAACGGUAUCGAAGCGUUGGUCAUAAACUGUCAUAUGAUGCUACACUACAUUCCAGAAGAAACCCUAAAUCCAUUUUCUUUUAAUAACACCGCGGUUUCAUCUCUAAGGACCAUGUUUCUUAAAGAGCUUCGGAGUUUAGACCCGACAGUGGUUGUGUUAGUAGAUGAAGAUGCCGAUUUUACAUCCAACAAUUUGGUGUCUCGAUUAAGGGCAGCUUUUAAUUAUCUCUGGAUACCUUAUGACACCGUCGACACUUUCUUACCACAGGGAAGCAAGCAGAGGCAGUGGUACGAGGCGGACAUGAACUGGAAGAUAGAGAAUGUGAUAGCCGAAGAGGGUGUGGAGAGAGUGGAGAGACUGGAGCCGAAAAGCCGGUGGGUUCAGCGGAUGAGAAACGCUGGUUUUCGGGGGGGUUUGUUUGGGGAAGAAGCGGUGAUGGAAGUGAAAAGCAUGUUGGACGAGCAUGCAGCUGGGUGGGGAUUAAAGAGGGAAGAAGAAGAUUUAGUGCUUACAUGGAAAGGACAUAAUGUAGUGUUUGCAACUGCUUGGAUACCAAGCUAGUUAGUUAAGAUGAUGAUAGCUAGCAGUGUUCUUUAGUUCAGUGUUUGUCCAGCUAAUUAUGUAGCUCUCUCUAACAGGGUUGCUAAGAGUACUAAAUAUCUGUUAGUUAACUGUGACUUGUUCUAUUAGGGCGUAUAUCAAGUAGCUAGAAGACUAGCUAAAGUUUCUAGCUACUAGCUCUUGGUCAGAGAGAUGUUAAUUGUGUUGCAUUUUAAUUAGUUUCACACCUUUGCUCCA